AUGAAUCGUCUCCGCGAGCACUUUCGGCGCCGCAGCAGCUCCAACAGCACCAACUCUACCCAGCCACUAUCCAAAUCACCCACACUAAACCCCGCCGACAAGCGCAGAAGGAGUACCCAGACCUCCGUGCAUCAGCCCCCCGUGCGCCGUCUAUAUGUCACUUCCAGCUCGCAGGACUUCGACACGCGCAUCCUACACCGCUUCCAGGCGGAGGGCUUCAAAGUCGAGUAUCUGCCUUUCGUCGAUACCAACGAGAGCCCGGAGAAGAAUCGCAAGGAACUAGAGAAGUUGCUGAAUGAACGGGAGGAUGAUCUAGAGCCGGGGGAGAAGUUCGCUGUUGUUGCAUACAACCGCCCCGCCUACCACCUCCUCUGCUCGCACCACCAAUCCACAACAUCCACAAACCCCUUCCCACGCCUCUGCGCCCUAGCAACCUACUACCCGGACAUCCCCGCCGGCCAACAAGACUGGCUAUGUCCCUACCAAACGAAUGCGUCGUCGCCGCCGCCCACCGUCUUCCCAGCGUCGACAACCUCCACAGCGACGGCCUCCUCCUACGACAUGCUCUCGCUCCUCCCGAUCCAGAUCCACCUCCCAGGCCAGCAGAAGCCCUCCCUCUGGGACGACUACAGCACGCACCCGCUCAAGAAGCGCCACCGCUGCCAUCUAUUCUUCUACCCGGAGUCGGAAGCAGGGUUCGCCGAGUCCACAUCCUCCAGUGGUUCCCCCUCAUCCUACGACGCCAUCAGCGCCCGUCUCGCAUGGACCCGCUCCCUCGAGUGCCUCAAACGUGGCUUCGGCUGGCCCGGCAGCACCUGGACAACCCCCGACAUCGAAGACCUCUGGGAACAAUACUGGCGCAAGCUGCAAGAAACGCCCCGGGGCCAGGACCCGACCACAAACACAGACGGCCCCAUAAACCUAACCCUCACCAACGAAGAGGACUUCGACACCGACACGGACACACCCGUCCCCAAACCCCGACUCAGCUCAACAAGCUCCGGCCCACCCCCCCUCACAACAACCAACAACACGGAACCCAACCUCCUCGACCUCAACCCACACAUAGACUGCUCGCCCACAAUGCUCGGCGGGGCCCCCAGCCAGAAAAUGCGCCUCCUCUCCCGCACAGUAGGCGUCGACCGCGUCGUCGACGAGCUGCUACUCACAUUUACACACACGGAGGAGAUCCCCUGGAUGCUGCCUGGUGUGCCGCCGACGGGGAAGGACGUGCGCGUGCUGCUGGUUAUGACGGGUAGCUUUGUGGGCGGGCGGAUGGCGAGGUUGGGGGUUUAUUGGGAUCAGGCAGGCGUGCUUGUGCAGGUGGGACUUUUGGAUCCGAUGCUUGUUCCCGGGGGUUUUAGGGCGAUCGGGAGGAAUAGGCGCGGCUCGGAAGGGGUGGAGAGGUUGCCUGUUGUUGGGGUGGAGGGGGUGGAGAGGAUGUUGGAGGAGUAG